UAUUUCCCUUAGAUGACAAGCCUCACUUCCGGGGUAAACAUCAUGUGUUUGUCGUUUCUUCCUGUCUUUCAUUAGUAAACAUCGACUGGGCAAACCGUCAGAGGCAGUCGAGGCGACAUUGGUGAUGGAACAUCAUCCGCCGGUAUCACCACAUCAACACACGAGGAAAUGGCUGAAAUAAGACUUGGCAAUAGACACGGAGGAGGAGAUGAGAGCGACUCACACCUCCGGAGGAUCAACGUGCCGCACGUACAACAGUGUUACCACUGGGACUGCGGACUUGCCUGCGUAUCCAUGGUGCUCAAAUACUUUGAUAUCCCCAGUGACCAGGUGUACACCUCCGACCUGGACAGCCUGCAGUGUGGAGAGAGCGUGUGGACUAUUGACCUGACGUACCUGUUGAAGCGGUAUGCCAUCCCCCACCACUACUUCACCACCACCCUGGGAGUAGACAAGAACUACAGCAAGCAGGCCUACUACUGCCGGAACUAUGACAAGGAGUCAGUUCGGGUCAACAAGGCGUUUGACGAUGCCAAGGCUAAUGGCAUCAUUGUGGAGCAAAAGACGCUGAGUGUUGACGACAUCAUCUGUCACCUGAAGACUAACAAUCUGGUCAUUAGUCUGGUCAACUGGACGCAGAUGGAGUGUAUCUGGUGUGACUCAGUGCGAAAAGGUUGUUUGUGUUGCUUGGACCUUUGUGCUGGAUAUCAAGGUCACUACAUCGUGUUGUGUGGGUACAACAUAGACAAGGGUCACAUCUACUACAGGAACCCAGACCAGGGAGGCCCAGACAUGUGCUGCAGCCGAUUCAGCCAGUACGACAAGGCCAGGAAAAGCUUUGGUACAGACGAGGACUUGUUGUUCAUAUUCAAGAAAACAGAGACCGAGCAAGAGAAGAGUGGGAUGGAAUAACUGACAGAUCAGAAUCAGAUUAGGCAGAAUCAUCAUCACGAUCAAACCAUUUGAUCCAUAAUGCCAUUACAAGCAUUUGUCAAAGUAAAAAAUCAAACCAUUUUUACCCCAAAAUGGUGACAUUUCUUUGCUGAGAUUUCUUUGUAUCAAAACUUUACAUGUUUUGGGGAUUUUUGCCUUUUUGAUGUGAUAUUUCACAUUCAUAACAUGUUUAGAAUUGUAAAUGUAUGCAUGGGAAUGUGGACUGCACGAUGAGUUAUCUCCCUUGUUUCAUGGGAUCAGUCUGUGUGUAACAAGACUGUUGAAUGGCCCAAGUCAUUCUCAGCUCUCAUACUGUUUCACUUGAUGUUGAGCUGGUGCCAACUUCUGAACCCUAAUGAUGUGUCAAAUUUGAACUGAAUUCUUUAUUUUUAUUAUUUAUUUUAUACUUGCAUUUUGUCAAAUAUACUUAUCAGAUUAUUCAGUUUUAUGGGUCAACAUGAUCCAUCAAACUAUGGCAUUAUACAGAUAAUCACUUGUUUGUGUCACUGUCUUGCUUCAUCAGAAUAUGGUUGUAAUAUUUGUCAAACUAUAAUUUUGUUACCCAAAAUAGAAGUGUCACCCUGUGAGGAUUCUGGGUUAGAAAGAAGGUCCCCUGCCACCUAUGCUGGUCGUAAGAGGGGACUAAAUGGAACAGGUAGUCAGGCUCGGGGACUUGGUUGAUGGUGUCACAUUGUUUUUCACAAUAUCAAUCACUGGAUUGUCUGGUCCAGACUCGAUUAUUUACAGACCGCCGUCAUAUAGCUGGAAUAUUGCUGAGUGGGGUGUUAAACAACAGUCAAACAAGUGGACACAAAAUACAGAAAGUGAGAUGAAAGCAGAAGAAUUCAUAGGUUGCUAAAACUUGACAUCCAAGAUGCUGUACAGUGUGAGGACAUGAGUGUGCUUUAGAGAGUGUCCACUUUGUAGAGUUGGCAAUGGAUCAGUCACUGACGCUGUACAGUGUGAGGACAGGAGUGUGCUUUAGGGAGUGUCCACUUUGUAGAAGUGGCGAUGGAUCAGUCACUGAGGCUGAACAAUGGGAGGAUAGGUGUGUGCUUUAGGGAGUGUCCACUUUGUAGAGGUGGAGAUGGAUCAGUCACUGACACUGUACAGUGUGAGGACAAGUGUGUGCUUAAGAGUGUGUCCACUUUCACAGUCGUAUUCAUAAAGUUCAUUGUACUUCUUUGAAAAUAUCAGAAAACUAAAACAAAUUAUUUUUUAAGAUGGGGAAAAAAGCCAAAAAUGAAAAAAAAAAUGCUUUAAUACAGAAACACCACCACAAAAUGAGGAAAGUGAAGAAAUCUACACUGUUGACUUACCAAAGAAUUGCAGCGUUUUCAAAUAUUUUGUUUUAGUGCCUGUAUGAGAGGGAGUCUAUGAGUGCAGUAUGGACAAAACAACCCCCUGACUGGGAUCCAUCAUUUGUCACAUAUACUGCCAAUCUCAUUCAAAUCAGAUCAGAGUUCUCGCUUCCGCUAAACAAAGUUUUGAGGACAUUCCAUUACAGGUCACGUCAGAACGACCUUUCGCGAAUUUUGACCGACCACUGAAAUGACUUACAAG